AUGCCUUUAGGGAAAAAGUGGAAACAAGCUAACAAUCUUGGGAGGUUCUCCCAGAAGAAAUUAUGUGGAAAUACAUCUAAUCCUGCUACAGAAUCAAUCACCACACCUCCUUCCCCAGAGCAUCCAUAUGUCUCAGAGAACCACACAAUCCAAGGACAACCAGAGAUUGAUGUCAAUUCUGAUGUCUAUGAUAGUGCAAACAGCGACACUGACAGUGACUCGGACUUUGAUGAAACAGUCAACCCCGCAAUAGUCUCAAAGGAUGUGUUCACUCAGCUCCUCUGCGACUCUGAGAAAAGGCUUUCUCACCUAAUGAAUGUCUGGGGAAACAUUCCGGGUAACAAAGUUACAUAUCCAGGCUCAAUGAUAAAUGGAGUCCGUUCUGAAUGCAGCCAGUGCCAUGAUGCAGCAAAGGAGAGAGCUAUAAGUGGGAGGCUUCAGGAAAUGAAGAAAAAGACAAGGAUUGAUGGGAAAAAAUGCACAGUCCUUGAUUUUUUCAGUCAUCCUCCUCCAACUUCCCACACACAGUCCACACCCCAAACUCAACCUAGUCCGUCAGCACUCUUGAGUGACUCUAGCGAUGAGUACAGUGACCCAGCACUGUUAGGCACUUCCUAUAGAGAGGGAGAUUGUGCUGGGAUUGAUGUGUUUGUCACCAGGAUCAAUGAGAUCCACCAUACCUCCCUCAACAUCCAACAAGAUUCCACCUGGAAACACCCUCACAGCGAAAUGUCUGACAUUCCCCUGAACAUUCCAAACAAUUCAGAUACAUCCAUUCACAAAAAUCAGGAAGAAAAUGUGGAAGUACCCACCAAUCCCAAUCCCGCUUCCACUGCAUUCCUCCCAUCACCCAGGAAGCUCUGCCUGCAACCAGCAUCUUCAGCAACUGCCCAGAGGAGAGGCUACAAAAAGGUUGAGAUUAACCUAAUGCUGCAGGUGCGAAUCCAGCAGAUGGCUCAGCUUCUCCACUUGUACAGUUCUGGAGUGGAUGGAGGUGGAGAUGCUGGCUGGAUCAAGAUAUCAGUGACAGUCGCGAAUGUGUGGAAUCGUGGGAAAUCCUAUCCCAUGCACUUACGGAGAUGGUGUAGGGAAUUUCUGGACAAUAAAUCACUUCCAGAUAAUCCAUAUGGUCGCUGGGGUUCAUCAAUUCUGACAACAGAUGAAGAUUUGAAAGAAACACUGGAAACUCACCUUCGUGGGCUUGGCCCCUACAUCUCUGCUGCAGACAUUGUAAAUUUCCUCAAUACCCCAGAGAUGAAAGAGCAUCAAGGACACGAAAAACCAAUCUGCCUGCGCACAGCACAGAGAUGGCUACACAUAAUGGGAUACCGGUGGUGCAAGGAGAAACGAGGACAAUACUCAGAUGGGCAUGAGCAUGAAGAUGUUGUGUAUUAUCGGCAGACCAUGUUCUUGCCCACAAUGGCUGAAUAUGCGAAGUCAACAAGGGAGUGGGACAUAAAUGGAGAGUAG